UUGUGUUGGUGCUGCGCUGAGAGACGCUGAGCGGGGACGGGGGUUGUAGAGAGAAGAAGCGGACAGGCGGACAAUUUAGCGAGUUUCUGUUUAAAAUACCCCGCUUACAUUAACAGAAACUGGUGUACCCGAGUGGAUUUGUGCUGGCUUGUGUGUUAAACCGGUUCAGGCGCGCUUAGUUCGGUUAGUUUUUAUUCGAAUUGCUCGGCCGGGCGGCUCGCCCUGUCUGUCCGGGUCUGAACUCGCUGUUUUCUGUUAGCAGUGUCGCAGAGAUCCGUGUUUUGUUCGUGUUUCUCUUUAAAUUAGCGUUAUUUUGAGAGCGUAUUCAGUAUGAGCGCUGCAGUGGCGAAGGCGCCGAAGCCUUCGGUCAACGUAGACCCGAAGUCUGCGCCCCUGAAAGAGAUCCCAGACAUCCUGGUGGAUCCGCGGACCAUGAAGCGCUACAUGCGGGGCCGGUUCCUCGGGAAAGGCGGCUUCGCUAAGUGCUACGAGAUCACAGACAUGGAGACGAAGGAGGUGUUCGCCGGUAAAGUGGUGCCCAAGUCUCUGCUGAUGAAGCCGCACCAGAAGGAGAAGAUGAGCACGGAGAUCGCGAUCCACAAGAGCCUCGACAACCCGCACGUCGUGGGCUUUCACGGCUUCUUCGAGGACGACGACUUCGUGUUCGUGGUGCUGGAGAUCUGCAGGAGGAGGUCUCUUCUGGAGCUGCACAAGCGCAGGAAGGCAGUGACUGAGCCUGAAGCAAGGUACUUCAUGCGGCAGACAAUCCAGGGAGUUCACUACUUGCACAACAACAGAGUUAUUCAUCGUGAUCUUAAACUUGGAAAUCUUUUUCUUAGCGAUGAUAUGGAGGUGAAGAUUGGUGAUUUUGGUCUGGCCACUAAGAUUGAAUUUGAUGGUGAGCGGAAGAAGACCCUGUGUGGCACUCCAAACUACAUAGCCCCUGAGGUGCUGUGUAAAAAAGGGCACAGUUUUGAAGUUGAUGUCUGGUCACUGGGUUGCAUUCUGUACACACUGCUGGUUGGUAAACCUCCAUUUGAGACGUCAUGCCUAAAGGAGACAUAUGUCCGCAUCAAAAAGAACGAGUACUCUAUCCCCAGGCAAAUUAAUCCAGUGGCGGCUUCACUGAUUCGUCGAAUGUUGCACGCAGACCCUACUCUCCGACCCUCAGUAGCAGACCUGCUUACAGACGAGUUUUUCACCUCGGGAUACGUUCCCCUCAGGCUUCCUACCUCUUGCCUUACUGUGCCUCCCAGGUUCUCCAUCGCCCCAUCUAGUUUAGACCCUGGCCUGCUCCGUAGACCUCUCACUGCAUUGAAUACUGAUAGCCCAAUUGAGAAGAUGGGAAAAGGAGACCAGCCACAAAAGGAGGAGCUUCAGCAAAGGGAUGGACCUGAACAGCCUGACUCCCAUUUGACUGACAUGUUGCAGCAGCUGAACAGUGUUAACGCCUCCAGACCUUCAGAGAGAGAUUUUGUAAGACAAGAGGAAGCUGAGGACCCAGCCUGUAUCCCCGUCUUCUGGAUCAGUAAAUGGGUUGACUACUCAGACAAAUAUGGCCUUGGGUAUCAGUUGUGUGACAACAGCGUUGGAGUUCUAUUUAACGACUUCACCCGCCUGAUUAUGUAUGAAGAUGGAGACAGUUUACAGUACAUUGACCGCAAUGCAGCAGAGUCCUACCUCAGUGUGCGCUCUUACCCUCCUGCCCUCUCCAAAAAGAUCACACUGCUGAAGUACUUUAGGAACUACAUGAGUGAGCACUUGUUAAAGGCGGGAGCCAACAUAACUCCACGUGAUGGUGAUGAACUGACCCGCCUGCCCUACCUACGGCACUGGUUCCGCACCAAGAGCGCCAUCGUGCUCAAUCUGAGCAACGGGACCGUACAGAUCAACUUCUUCCAGGACCACACAAAGCUGAUCCUGUGUCCUCUGAUGGGAGCCGUGACGUACAUCAACGAGAGGCGAGAGUUCUGCACCUACAAAAUGAGCCUGAUCGAGGAGUACGGCUGCUGCAAGGAGCUGGCCAGCAGGUUGCGCUAUGCCCGCAGCAUGGUGGAGAAGCUCAUGGCCUGUAAAAACACAGUUGCAGCAACCGCCACAGGGGCUAGCUCAGGACGCUAGUGCACACUGGAACUUUCAGUUUAAUCAAUAUCCUCACAUGACUGCAGAUAGCUAGCCCAUCAGACACGACGGCCAUGGACUCAGUUGACUUCAUGCUAAAGUGGACGGACCCUGUGACCUUUUUAUAGGGGCCUCUGGACACUUUUUUUUUUUUCUCCCCUAUUUCAGUCUUUUUCUUUGUUUACUAUUCUCUCCCUUUUCUUCGCUCUUCACGGGUGAAAAAGCUAAAUGUGACUGCUCACUAUCUGCUGCAUCAUGUAUAUUGCUUUUCUACUUUGAGUGUUCUAUUUUUAGCUGUUUGUCUUUGUUAUUGUCUGUUCUUUGUAUAAAAAGCUUUAGACAUAAAUAUCAACAGGUUAAUGAGAUUUUAUUAAACUGACCAAUAAUCCAAAUGAAUAAAGACCUUAUUGUUAAAAUACGGUUCCUUUUACGCAAAGGAUUUUAAUGUUAAUUUUAAAUAAUAAAGAACACCUACAGAAGGCUUUGGGGACCAAAGGAUUUUUCUUUGCAUGGGUCACGUUAUGGUUUGUAUCUUAGAAGUACAACAGGUGCGCAGUUUCUUUUAACACUAAUGGGUUAAUUAGGUUCAGUCUUCACGUGGCACUUGGGUCAUCAUGACAUUUGGAUUGGUUCAGUUAUUGCUAAACAAUUAUGGUGCCACUCUUUGUACAACAUUUUAGAGGACUCCAUUGCAUGCUGUUGGUGUGAAAUACAGUUUACUGUUAAUUAAUAAACCUACUGAGAACUGA